AUGCGGCUUCCGUGCCAACUCCAUCUCUUGGCCUCCUCGGCCCUGCUGUUCCCCACGGCGCUGGGUUACCCCGAGACCGGUCGUGUCCACCGCGAUGGUCAGCUGUUGAAGCGGUCCGCCGACUCCUUCCUUGCAACCGAGAAGCCCAUUGCUCUCCAGAACUUGCUCUGCAACAUCGGCGCUUCAGGUUGCAGAGUUUCCGGCGCCGCCUCGGGCAUUGUCGUCGCCUCCCCGGACAAGUCGAACCCCGACUAUUUCUACACCUGGACCCGAGACGCCGCCCUCGUGUUCAAGUGCCUUGUCGACACCUUCACAAACAGCUACGAUACGGGUCUCCAGACUCAGAUCCAGAACUACAUUGCCGCACAAGCCCGCCUGCAAGGCGUCUCGAAUCCCUCCGGCAGUCUCUCGGACGGGUCUGGUCUUGCGGAGCCCAAGUUUUAUGUCGAUUUGACUCAGUACACUGGAGCCUGGGGUCGGCCGCAGCGCGAUGGUCCGGCGCUUCGAGCAAUCGCAUUGGUUGGCUACGCCAAGUGGUUGGUCAGCAACGGAUACACGUCGACGGCGUCCGACAUCGUCUGGCCUGUCAUCAAGAAUGAUCUGGCUUACGUCGCCCAGUACUGGAAUAAUACCGGCUUCGAUCUGUGGGAGGAAGUUAGCGGCAGCUCCUUCUUCACCGUGGCCAGCCAGCACAGAGCCUUGGUGGAGGGUGCCGCGCUCGCCACGUCCCUCGGCACGUCCUGCAGCGCGUGCAGUUCCGUGGCACCGCAGGUCUUGUGCUUCCUCCAAAGGUUCUGGUCCUCAUCGAGCGGCUAUGUCAUCUCGAACAUCAACCAGAACAACGGGCGGUCUGGCAAGGACGCAAACUCGAUUCUGGCCUCCAUCCACACGUUUGAUCCCGCCGCUGGCUGCGACGCGGCGACAUUCCAGCCUUGUAGCGACAAAGCUCUGGCCAACCACAAGGUCGUGACCGAUUCGUUCCGAUCCAUAUACUCGGUCAACUCCGGUAUCUCUCAGGGCGUGGCGGUCUCGGUCGGCCGGUAUCCCGAAGACAGCUACUAUGGCGGUAAUCCGUGGUACCUCAACACGCUUGCCGCCGCCGAGCAGCUCUACGAUGCGCUCUACGUCUGGAACAAGCAGGGCUCCAUCACCGUCACCUCGACAUCGCUGGCCUUCUUCAAGGACUUCUCCUCGUCCGUCACUGUCGGCACCUACGACUCCGGCUCCUCGACAUACACGACCCUGUACAACGCCAUAUCAAACUACGCCGACGGUUACAUCAACAUUGUCGCGCAAUAUACCCCGUCCGACGGCUCCUUGACCGAGCAGUUCUCUAGGAGCGACGGCACCCCCCUUUCUGCGCACCAUUUGACCUGGUCCUAUGCCGCACUGCUCACCGUCGCCGCCCGUCGGGCGGGAAUCGUGCCUCCCUCCUGGGGCGCGGCUUCAGUCAGCGUCCCGUCUCAAUGCUAUGGCACGUCCGUCUCCGGGUCCUACACCUUGGCGACCUCGACUUCGUUCCCGACGUCCCAGACCCCGAUCUCAACCACCCUGUCCUCCAGCACCGCGGUGGGCACCGGCGCCACCUCAAGCACGACCGCCAGCACUUCCACCUCCGUCACCUCCGUCGCCACCUCAACCGGCUGCGCCAUCGCCACAUCCGUCACCGUGACUUUUGACGAGCUGGUCACCACCCAGUGGGGCCAGACGAUCAAGAUCGUCGGCAACAUCCCUGUGCUGGGCAACUGGGACGCGAGCAAGGCCGUCACGCUCAGCGCUGUCGACUACACCUCGGCCAACCCGCUCUGGUGGGCCAGCCUGAGCCUGCAGGCUGGUCAGGUCAUCCAGUACAAGUACAUCAACGUGGCGUCGAGCGGCGCCGUGACGUGGGAGAAGGACCCCAAUCAUACGUAUACUGUGCCUAGCUCGUGCGCGACCGCGGUGGUCAAGAGUGAUAAGUGGCAGUCGUGA